ACAAACAUGUUCUUUUGCCUCCUGCUGUUGUUGCCACUGGCUGCUCACUCCUCUCUGGCAGGAUCGCUGCCUUCUGAGGACCAGGUGAUUGCUGAGAAAUACCUGCGGCGCUUUUAUGGCCUACCGGCUGGUCUCCAAGGUCGGCGGCGGUCUUCAGGAGACUUUAAGAUCAAGCUCAAGGAAAUGCAGAAAUUCUUCAAUCUUGAGGUGACUGGCAGUUUGGAUGACAACACGAUAGACUUUAUGACUAAAGCGAGAUGCGGCGUCCCAGACAUUGGCGAAUACAACCACUUCCCUCGACACCUCAAGUGGAAAAACACCCAAGUGACUUUCCGGAUUUUAAAUUAUACUCCGGACCUGAGGAAGUCUGAUGUCGACCGAGCCAUCCGCGCCGCGCUCAACGUUUGGUCCGAUGUGACCCCGCUGACCUUCAAGAAGCUGUACCGUGGCAACGCUGACAUCAUGAUCAGCUUUGGAAGGAAAGAACAUGGCGACUACAACCCUUUCGAUGGGCCUAACGGACUGCUGGCUCACGCCUAUCCACCAGGCGAAGGCCUCGGAGGGGACACUCACUUUGAUGAGGAUGAACUAUGGACCAAAGAUUCCUCAGCUUACAACCUUUUCAUAGUGGCGGCACAUGAGCUGGGCCAUGCCAUUGGUAUGUCCCACUCCUCCGACCCGAGUGCCCUCAUGUACCCCAUCUAUACAUACGCGACAGGAUACCCCCUUGCUGAGGACGAUAUCGAAGGCAUUCAGGCCCUCUAUGGCCCUAAUCCAGACCACAGGAAAGUGAAGCCCAAGCCGGACGCUCCCAAAAAAUGUGACCCCUCGUUGAGUUUUGACGCGGCGACGGAGCUCAGGGGAGAAACCUUCAUCUUCAAAGACAGGUUCUACUGGCGCCUUCAUCCCCAGAUGCACGAGCCCCAGCUGGCACUGAUCAAGUCCACUUGGCCGUCCAUCCCCAACAAGGUGGAUGCGGCGUACGAGAACCCAGCGAAGGAUCAGGUCAUGAUUUUUAGUGGUAUCCGUGUGUGGGCUAUGAAUGGAUACAACGUGGUGAAGGGUUACCCAAAGUACAUCCACACACUCGGACUUCCUAAGACCGUGAGGAACGUGGAUGCGGCUGUUCACAUCAGAGACACAGGGAAGACUCUCCUCUUUCACGAUGAAGACUAUUGGAGUUAUGACGAAGCAUCAGGCACCAUGGAUAAGGGCUACCCACGGACAAUAGAAUCAGAUUUCCCAGGCAUGGACGACGAAGUUGACGCGGCCGUUUAUCACUACGGAUACUUGUAUUUCUUCCACGACAACGUGCAGUAUGAGUACAGUUACCCAGCAAGGAAGGUCAUACGCACCCUCAGAAUCAACUCCAUUCUCGGCUGCUGAUUGCUGCUUAAGCCCUAGUGACCACGGAUAUUGCAAUUAGAACCGGUAAAUAUUCAAAAAGGAGACAUUCAGCUAGAUACUCAUGUAAACUACAAUUCACAAAAUAUGAAAUAAUCUCCAAAGCCGAACGGCUUAAAGGCCUCCCAGACAACAUUUCAAAGUGUUGUGAUUGAUUGAUUGAUUGAUUGAAACUGUUAUUAGUAUAUUGCACAGUACAUAUUCCGUACAAUUGACCACUAAAUGGUAACACCCGAAUAAGUUUUUCAACUUGUUUAAGUCGGGGUCCACGUUAAUCAAUUCAUGGUAGGGGUUGCUAAAUCCUCUAUUUUUUUUGUAGCGUGGAUGCCAACCUAAUCUGCAGAAAUGUAAUUGAACAUUUGUUCUUAAAUGAGCUUGUUUGUUUGCUAUGUUUCAUUCAAUAUCUCUGGAAAUACUGAUCUAAGAGUGAUCUCACAAGUAUAACUUUUCAAAUGAAGCCAGGAUUAUGAAAAUACACAUUGUUAAAAUUAUUUUGCAGACAUGUCAUAGGAUAAACUUUUAUUCAUCCCACAAGGGGGAACACGUGCUAAACCAGGGGUUUUUAACCUUCUGACCUGGGGCCCCAACCUUUACACUACAUUUGGGACCGAGGCAGACUCAAAAAUUAACACUGAAUUAGUAACAUUACUCUUGAUUUUAAUCGUAUUCAAUAAUUAUAUCUAACCUCCCUACAGUUUACAACAUUGUCAAAUGAUAUGAAACCAUUUGUUGAUCACAAAUAUUAUUUUCAAGUCUUAGGUCAGGCUGAUUGGAAAA